UGUUUAACUGCCUUCCCAUUCAUCAUUUGCUCACCCCACACUUCUCAGUGCAUUACACUGUCAGUUCCCUAACCGCAGAAGAUCCAUUUUUAUUAAUUUUUAAGCGGGGUUUCUUGCACCAGGACAACAGUGUACCUAAAUUUACGCAGGAACCCCUCCUGUGACACACAGAGAGUCUGGAGGCACUUAAAUACAGGCACGGCCAUCAACAGAGGAAAUGGGAGCCAGCAAGUUGGUUAUAAGAAGCAGGAAGAGGAAGAUCGUGUGAUUAUUUCCGCUAGGCCUACUUUUUGGCUCAGUAACAUCAUACAGGGAACAAGGGAUGGAGCGGUGAUUCCAGAAGGAACAGGAAGCGGGAAGCUUCCCCUUCCUAUUUCUCCAGGAGUGUGUCAAGGCAGGCUACAAUCUCCCUCAGCGCUGGCAGGACCUUAGGCCGUUUAAAGAGCUGCCAGGGAAAGAUUAGCCUACCUAUGAUGCAGGACGAAGCUAUCAAUGGCACUUCAGUGUCUGAGUUUGAGCUUGAUGGGUUCCUCAACUUGGGCGACUACGGCAUACUUCUCUUUGCCAUCUUCUUAGUGAUCUACCUGCUCAUCCUCAGUGCCAAUGCUCUCAUCUUCAGCCUCAUCUCUGCCACUCCUCGUCUUCACAUCCCCAUGUAUUUCUUCAUUGCUGUGUUGGCCACCUUGGAGGUGUUCUAUACUACCAUUACCAUGCCCAGGGUGUUGGUGGACCUUCUGAGGAGCAAGAAGUCCAUUUCCUUCAGGAGCUGCCUUCUGCAAAUCUAUUUCUUCCACAGUGUGGGUAUCUCAGAGGCCUGCUUGCUCGCAGUGAUGGCUUACGACCGGUACUUAGCCAUCUGUGCCCCGUUAAACUAUAUGACCAAGAUGACACCCCAACUUUGCAUUCAGCUUGUGCUGGGAUGCUGUGCGUGUGGUUUUGCAUGUCCUUUGCCGGAGAUUGUUCUGACUUCCAAGUUGCCCUUCUGUGGGCCUAGUCAUAUAGAUCAUAUAUUCUGUGACUUCCCCCAGGUGAUCAGUCUUGCUUGCACAGACAUAUCGACCAGCAUCAUGUUGGAUUUUGCCCUCCACACCAUCGCCAUCCUGGCCCUCAUCUUUCUCAUCCUCCUCUCAUACAUGAAGAUACUGAAAGUCAUUGUUAAGAUCAAUAGCUCGGAGGGGCGCCAGAAGGCUUUUUCCACCUGUGCCUCCCACCUCAUUGUGGUCCUUACUUUCUUUGGAACUACUGGCUUCAUGUACAUGCACUUGACAUGGAUGGGAUCAGGACGUUAUGACAAGAUCGUUGCAGUCAUCUACGCCUUUUUUAUCCCUCUCUUCAACCCCAUCAUCUAUUCUCUGAGAAACAAAGAAAUUAGAGAUGUGAUCAGAAAGACUGUUGGGUUCCCAUGUGCCAGCAACAUAUGAGGUGGUUUCUGAACUUCUUGGGACAUCAGGAAGUCAUUCCACGAUCAAAAGUCCUGCUCACCCAGUGAUUGAUUAUGAUUUUUGAAAAGAAAAGAAAAAAGAUGAACGUCUAACAAAAUAUAUUUCCACAGUUUCACUUGUAAAGAAAAGGGAGAUCGAUUCAAAUAAGAAGAAACAGAAUUCAAACUUUCUUAUCUCCCUUUGGAAUUUUGCAUUUAAUUUGUAUGUAAUAUCUAGAUUUACAUAUGCGUACAUUUGCGAUCAUCAACAUGUAAUGUUGCACCUCAGCAUGCAUGACCCACAAUUGUGAUGCUCUUAAUACUCCAUUGUACCAAUUUAAAUGUAGCACCAUUCCUACAAAGAAAAAUGGCAUUCUAUGACAGUGUAUGCAUUAGUAACUUAAACUGCAGUCUGGUUGUGGGGGGUUGCACAUAAGGGAAGCAUUAAUACGCUAUUAGUCAGAAGACAGUGUGCUGUUAGUACACUACACAUAGUUUGUAUACAAAGCAGAAACAAAUCUGACACUAAAGAAUUUGUGCUGAUGUGAACACCUGGAGGGGAGGGAGUUGUGAAAUGGGACUUCACUGCACUCUAAAGUGGUAAUUUGUGCACACCCUAAAUCUAGAAACUGACCUAGUGACUGCAACAUCAAGCCUAUAUUUUACUUCUUUGUUUCUCCUCACUCCUCACUCCAUGACUUGCUUUGUAUGAUAUCUUGCUUGAUGAAGAGUUCUGCAUCACUCCAAAGCCUGCAACUCUUUAGUGGCAUGUUGCUUGGUCCUAAUAAAGGUAUUGCCCGAUUGAGGACGUUAAAGGAAAAGGUGCUGUUUUGUUUUUAAAUCCUAUGCACUCAAGAGCAUAUGCAUAUAUAUGCAUGCUCACACCCUAGAGUUUGCAGAUAAGAAAUAAACACUAGAUCAGUGGCUCCCAAACCAUUUUGGUCCACAGCCCCCUUGGUUCCAUAAAAUCAUCCCCAGUGCCUUCUAAUCUAUAAAAAGCAUUAUUCAGAAUAGCAGUCUGCACCACCCACUAAGAAAGAUAAUAACACAAUAAAAUUCAAAACGGUAACAAUUAAUUUCAGUGGUAAAGAUGAAUGUAUUGCCAAAGAUGUUGUUCUUAUUUCAAGCCAUACCAAUUAUUGAUAAUGUUAAGUGUUUUAAAGAAUGGCAGAAAGCAUUGUCUCAAUUUAUCUGGCAGGGGGGAAAACCCAGAAUUAAAUAUGUUACUAACAGAUACUAAAGAAAGAGGGGGAUUCUCCCUGCCAGACCUGAAGAUAUAUUUUGAAGCUGAAGCUUUCUGCUGGAUAAAGGAAUGGAUUCAAUUAGACAAUGUUAAUAUGCUGGAUCUGGAGGGAUUUGACAAUGUAUUUGGUUUGCAUGCAUGUCUAUGGUACGGCAAGAUAAAGGCCCACAAAGGUUUUAAAAAUCAUGUAAUUAGAAAAUCUCUAUAUAAUGUUUGGAUAAGAUAUAAAGAUCUCUUAGGAAGGAAAACACCCAGGUGGCUUUCACCAAUGGAAGC